AUGGAGUCCUCACGCGGCCCUCCAAGGGUCAAGAACAAGGCCGCCGCGCCUAUUCAGAUCUCCGCCGAGCAGCUGCUUCGGGAAGCAGUAGAUCGACAGGAGACGUCCUUACAAGCUCCCACCCAGCGCUUUGGUGACCUAGAAGAGCUCCAUGAGUUCCAAGGUCGGAAGCGAAGGGAGUUCGAGAACUACGUUCGCCGAAACACCAUUAAUAUGAACAACUGGAUGCGCUAUGCUGCAUGGGAACUCGAACAGAAGGAAUUCAAGCGCGCGCGAUCCAUUUUCGAGCGAGCCCUCGAUGUCGACCCGACUUCCGUCGUGUUAUGGAUUCGGUAUAUCGAGGCCGAGAUGAAGAACAGGAACAUCAAUCAUUCGAGGAAUCUCCUGGAUCGUGCCGUUACCAUAUUACCGAGAGUCGACAAGCUAUGGUACAAAUAUGUGUAUAUGGAAGAGAUGCUCGGAAACAUUCCGGGUACGAGACAGGUAUUCGAGAGGUGGAUGGCCUGGGAACCGGAUGAGGCUGCGUGGAGCGCGUAUAUCAAGCUGGAGAAGCGUUACGGUGAAUACCAACGUGCCCGAGAUAUUUUCGAGCGUUUCACCAUCGUGCAUCCGGAACCACGCAACUGGAUUAAGUGGGCCAAAUUCGAAGAAGAGUUCGGAACAAGUGAUCUGGUGAGGGAGGUUUUUGGUGCUGCAGUUGAGGCCCUGGGCGACGAGUUUGUUGAUGAGAGGCUUUUUAUUGCUUACGCGAGGUUCGAGACGAAGCUCAAGGAGUACGAGCGAGCUCGAGCUAUAUACAAAUAUGCUCUAGAUCGCCUCCCGCGCUCAAAGUCUAUGGGUUUACACAAGGCCUACACGACUUUUGAAAAGCAGUAUGGCGAUAAGGACGGUGUAGAGGAUGUAAUAUUAUCAAAGAGAAGGAGACACUACGAAGACCAGAUCAAGGAGAACCCCAAGAAUUACGAUAUAUGGUUCGACUACGCUCGAUUAGAGGAGACUUCAGGUGACCCCGACCGGGUAAGAGACGUAUACGAGCGAGCUGUAGCUCAAAUCCCACCUACGCAGGAAAAGAGGCAUUGGCGUCGGUAUAUUUACUUAUGGAUCUUCUACGCCAUCUGGGAGGAGAUGGAAGCUAAGGAUAUCGAUCGAGCGCGGCAGAUUUAUAAGCUGUGCCUCGACCUAAUUCCGCAUAAGAAGUUUACAUUUGCUAAAGUCUGGCUACUGAGGGCGCAGUUCGAGAUUCGACAAGGCCAACUUACCACCGCACGCAAGACACUCGGACAGGCAAUUGGCAUGUGCCCGAAGGACAAACUAUUCAAGGGUUAUAUCGAAUUGGAACUGAAGUUGUUCGAGUUCGUACGGUGUCGAACCCUUUACGAAAAGCACAUCGAGUGGAAUCCGGCUAAUUGCCAAACCUGGAUUAAAUUCGCUGAGCUUGAAAGAGGACUGGACGACCUCGAUAGGACAAGAGCUAUCUUCGAACUCGCUAUCAAUCAGCCUAUCCUCGACAUGCCGGAGUUGCUGUGGAAGGCGUACAUAGACUUCGAGGAAGAAGAGGGCGAGUACGACAAGACGCGCGACUUGUACGAGAGACUACUCGAGAAGACAGACCACGUCAAGGUCUGGAUCAGCUACGCGCAUUUCGAGAUCAACAUUCCCGAAGAAGACGAGGAGGAAGGAGGUGAAGAGGAAGAGCGGCCUGUUAGUGAAGAAGCUAAGGCUAGGGCUCGCAGUGUGUUUGAGCGUGCUCAUAAGCGCAUGAAGGAGAAGGAGCUCAAGGAGGAGAGAGUUUCCCUACUUAACGCUUGGCUUUCGUUCGAGCGCACGCAUGGAUCGGCGGAGGACAUCGAGAAGGUACAGAAGCAGAUGCCGCGGAGGACGAAGCGCAGGCGCAGACUGGAAGACGACACGUUCGAGGAAUAUAUCGAUUACGUAUUCCCUGCGGACGACGAACAGAAGCAAGACCUGUCAAAGAUGCUUGCCAUGGCUCAGGCCUGGAAGCAAGGAGGUGGUGCCGUCAGUUAA